CAAGAUUCUUCAUUUUACAUCCUCAAUUUUAACCUUACAUGUCAACCAGAUUCUUCAUUUUACAUAAACUAUUUUGCCACCAAUCUUUCAAUGUCAAUAUAAACUGUAUUCAACCCAACAAAUUAAUUGACAAGUUUGAUAGUCAAGAUCCUUUUCUAACUAGGCUCAAUUUCCAGCUUCCAACAAUGGCAGAGAAGGUAUAGUUCAGUACAUGUGUUUAUCAAAGUAUAUAUAGAUCGAAUUGGAAGUAACUAAUCAAUAUUUUGAUAUGUUUGAUUUAUUACAGGCGACAUGGAUGGCGCUUAAAGUUGAUCUUCAGUGCCCAUGCUGCUACAAGAAGAUCAAGAAAAUUCUCUGCAAAUUUCACGAAGUUAAAGAUCAGGUGUAUGAUGAGCAGAAAAAUUUGGUGAAGAUAACUGUGGUGGCCUGUAGCCCAGAAAGAAUCCGUGAGAAAUUGUGUAGCAAAGGUAAGAAAGUGAUUCAGUCUAUUGAGAUCAUAAAACCACCGGAACCCUCCACCAAGAAAGAAACCGGGACCGAGAAGAAGGAAGCGGACGGAGACAAAAAAGGGAAAAAGCCGAAAGACGGAACCACCAACAGACCCAACGCCCCGGAGGAGCGCAAUGUUCAUAUUGAGAUUCAACUCCGAGAUCCUACGCAACCGUGUAAACCCGCGGCUCCACACCCUAAUCCACCGUGUCCGGCACCGGCACCACCAGCGACGCCGGUAGAAGCUGUUCCGGUACCGGUACGGGUGGUUCCGGUUCCACCUGGAUAUUUCAUUCCUCGGAGUCGGUGCGAUUGUGGUUCUCCUUACCGGCCGUGUUCUUGUGAGUAUGGGAAUUUCCGACCACUGCCACCGCCACUGCCUCAGCCGUGUUUCGAUAAUCAUUGUGGAUAUGGAUCCGGGUGCAAUAGAGGAUGCUGUAUCAAUCGCUGUGAUUAUGUGUGGGACGAAAAUGCUUCAGGGUGUACCAUCAUGUGAUGAACCAAUAUCCUUCUUUUCCACAAUAAAAAGUUUUAAAAUCAAUCAUUUUCAAAACUAUGAUUUUUUAAAAUUUUUUUUAUAAUGUGUGAUUACAUGAUUACAUGGACCGGCUGUAGUCAUUGGAAAUUAAGGGUUCAAUCUCGUCCAUUACGGGAUGUCAACCAAUUUGUUUGAUCAUCAUGCUCCUUUGAGUACUCUUUUUCUCCUUUUCUUUCUUUAUUUACAUUGUGCUCAAUUUGCAAAUUUCCUUUAAUGAUCAAGGGAUUUAUGGGUUCUCUUAUAGGUAUAUAUGUACAAUAAUGAAGUGAUUUAUGACAUGUAGUGCACAUUGUUAAUUUCUACGAAAAUUAGUUAGGUUUUAUUAUUUGAUUUUACUCAUAACUAAGUUCUGCUUUUCGUUUUUUUACAUUGACAAUGGCUUACACAAGUGAAAUGUGGAAAAUUCAAACAAGAAGC